GGUGGUCGACGAGGCGAAGGGGCGCGCCAGGUCAGCAACAAAGGAGAGGACCGGCGCAUCUCGGAGGUAGAAUACGACGUCGGUAUCAUUUUACACGGAAGGAGUGUUGAUGGAGGAGACACGCGCCGGCGCGUGCCAGCUGCGCAACACGGCACGCGACCAUCUGGCACAGGCGGGGUGGCGCGCCUUUCCUCCUCGCAUCACCGCCGUAUAAAAGGCUCGGCGGCGUUCGCUGCCGCUCCCACUUCGUUGCUCCGCUUGCCACAGCUCUCUCGUCGAGUGAUGUUCUGCUGAAGGUGUACACCAACGGCCUGUGUAUUUCAUACGAAGCUUCGCGAAGGAUUUGACGCCCAGCGAUCAAGAUGGGCCGAGGCGGCAUUGACACGUCGGCUAGUGAAAAGAGCCAUGGCGUCUUCAAGCUCAAUUUAGACACAUCGCUUGACAACUUGGACCUAUUUCACAAGAGCGUCCUCCGGUAUCAAAUUUCUAAGGUGUCGCCGAGAAUUGGCCGCUCAUCUCCUAAGCAGGAGGUUAGACAAGAUGACUGGCUGUCUCAUUCGAUUGAGCAAGUCUGUCGCAAGACCCUCUACAAAAAUUUACAGUACAGGACCGUAAACAUGUCUUCUGAAGUUGGCGGCGAAAAGGAUGUGUGCUUUGUUGAGAAAGAUAAACUUGCAGAAAAACAAAAAAUUGACGCACCCGGUUCAACGCCGGCCCCACCUGGGACACCGAACAACAAAGCGACCGGUGUGAAGACCCCCGAAGACGCCAGGAUCGCUCUGCCUAAUACGCCGAAGACGAGCACUCCCAAGAGCGCAUCCUCGUUCAUGAAGCGAUGCCGGAGGGGCAGCUCGUUUCGCCUGCUGCGGGCUUCUUCGGAGAAGAAGAACGUCCGCUUCGCUUCAACAGAAGAUCUGGCCGCCGAGGAGCGCCACUCGCCUUCCCUCGCGCCGUCGUUCGAGUUCAGAGUAAAAGCAGAAGAAGCGCUUGAAAGCAUAUAUGCUACCGUCAGUCCCAUUGUGCCGAAGAACCUCAAGGAUGUCUGUCGGAGGCUUCCUUUUGCUGACGAUGAGCCAGCGACGCCCGUAAAGAAACUGGAAACUCCAGAACGUUCCUUCGUCAGCCCUGUUAUGCUUCCUCAGAACAGCCCGUUGGGACACUACCUGCAGUGGAUCGUUGAGCAGUCGGGGCUGAGCUCCGUGCCCAGCGUCCAGCAGUGGCUCAAUUCAGUACGCCUUUCGGUGGAAAAUGAGUGCCUGAGCGCCUUGCAAAGCAAGUCUCUUACCAAAGACCCUGCUCUGGCUGCGGUACUGGCCGUCGGCGAUGCCCACGAUGCCAUCAUGUCACUGCGAGACCGUGUUGAUUCGGUUAAGGCAACCGUAACUCACCUGACCAGGAGGCUCGAGCAGGGACUUUGGAUUAAGUUCUGCAGCAGCGCGCCCGGCCUCAGCUCAGAGGUGAACGACUUACUGCGAGACUACAAGGCCGUCAUCCAUGGAUCCUCACCGUACUCGCGCAAAGUCGAAAACCACCUAUACCAACUGCUCCAAGAUCUCCGAGAGAUCGGAGCCAGGCCCAACCGCAAGCCUACUGAUCCCGAGCAUAUCAAAUCGCUACUGACAGACAUCAAGAACACCGUGCAGACGCUCAGUAACUCCCUCGUCUUAAAGGAACUGGAGAAAAUUGUGAAGAUGAGCGGCGAUAACCAGGCCCUGAGUUGCGCGCGGCGAUCGGUGGCUGCUUUGAGUAGCCUGGGCGAAACCGGUCCGGACAUGUGCGACCUGAUCACCCGAGUAGGGGGCAUCCGUGCUCUGCUGUCGAUUGCCCAAGACGUCCAGUUACGGCCGCUCAGGUGCGCCGCCAUUCGCGCGCUGACCAUCAUCUGCGGCCACUCGGUGGCUAUUCGGCAGCUGGAGCAAGCGGGAGGCAUUGAAUUCAUCGAGCGCACCCUGAGAGACACCAGUCAACAGGAGAGAUGCGAAGCAGUGGGUUUACUGGCCCAGGUCACUGCUCCGUGGGUCGACUGUAGCGGUGUAACCUUGAGACACAUGUCGAGGCACAUGGACUCGCUGGUCUCCUCCCUGACCGGCAUGAUAGAGCAAGCCACCAGCGGAGACGUGUUUCUGCUAUCCGCAGCAGCACUCGCCAACCUCUCCUUCCUAGACCGUGUAGCUCUGGAGUGCAUCCACAGGAACAAAUCUGUGCAUGCCCUCAUGCUGGCGACCAGGCAGAAGGACCUCGCCUGUUCCAUCUUUGCCAAGGAUCAGGUGUCCACAAUACUGGCUAACUUAUCUGGCAGAGCUCACUACCACGCAGACAUCAUGGAGUCUGGCGCGCUGACCCAGCUCGUCUGCUAUCUCCAACUUCGCCCUUCCAGCCUGCACAGCAGCGGAGAAGUGGACGCUUGUGAACGCGUCCUGCAGAAGUCUGCUAUCGCACUAGCGCGCCUGUGUUCAUGCUCGAGCACAGCCGGGAUGGUCUUGCAAAUGCAAGUUGUGCAAAGACUAGUUCGCCUGUGCAAGGAGCCAAAAGAACGCAACAGCAGCAACUCUGUCCUGGUGGCCUGCCUAGCAGCACUUCGCAAGAUUGCCGCCUCAUCCGGUCAUGAGGACCUGAAGGACCUCGGUGCUGCAGAACUCGUGAAAGACCAUCUUUGGAGCUCUUUCAAGCAAUAUUCGGUUGCCCACGAAAGCUACGUUUAACAGGGGCCAGAACCUGCAACAACGCUUUCGCAUUUAAAUGCGCACCAAGCCUGCCUAUGCAUUUAAGAUAUGAUCAAAAACUAGCCCAGAGCGUUCACACAAGCUCGAAAAAGAAGUAGUCACAGAGUCUUGAAGCCACCUCCGUCUUCGGACAUGGGUCAGUCGAAGGCAGACGGAGUAGGAACCCCGUGAUAAAGAAGCUUGAGUAUUUAUAAGCGAGUUAUGUCACUGCCAAGUGACCAAUAUACCGAAGAACGUUAUGCAUGUUUGCGGUUUCCUUUAGGGAUGGAUCUGCUAGUUCCAGCCGUAAUGCAUCAAUUGUGUCCCCGUGACGACACAAGUCUAGUCAUGCCUAGUCUCUUAAAACUAUAAAUUGUGCACGCCAUAUAUCAAACCCUGCACAAUGUGAACUCUCAUUGCGACAGUAGUGUGUCAUUAUUAGAUUACCACGAAGACACAUUUUUUUUAUUGCGAGAGCUCGCGCAAAUGAUUGUUUCAUGUUGCUUUUUGUUGCUCUUUCAAGUACAGCUCGUGACCAAAGACUGAAGUACUUCACAGUUUUCUGUGUGUCCCAGUGCUGGAUCCAUGAGAGUCCUAUUCAUGAUUCGUGUUCUUUGUAUACACCAGUACACUUUUCAGUUACAUUAUCACAUUUGAUUUAUAUGUGCAAAUAAAUUGAGAGGAACUUCGA